AUGGUCACAGAUAGCAUGAAAUACAUGAAAGCUGAGGACUUGAGGCAUGCUGCAGAACAGUUAAAGUCAACUCGACCAGAUGAGAUGGCAGAGAUUGGUGAGAAGAUGGCCAAUGCAAUACCUAAGGAGCUAGCUUCUAUACGCUCCAGAGUAGACGCAAAUUUAACUUAUGAAUUGAAUGCAACUCAGAUGCUGAAAAAACAGCUAAGCAUAAAACACCUAUCGCCUCUCUUUUGUGGCUUACCAAAGAUUCUUAAGGAAGCUAAUAAGCGAAAUAAGAAUAUGUUACCACCUCCAUGGGCAAUAGUUGUUAUGUUCAUCCUAGGAUUUAAUAGAAUUUAUGACACUUUUAAGCUGCUUGUUAUUUUUGUGGAUUAUCUUCUUUUCAAAGCUUUGUGGGUCCAACUAGACAAAUCCGGUGAAUUUAGCAAUGGCAUGCUUCCAAGAAUUUUGUCUUUAUCCACGAAGUUUCAUCCUACAGUCACAAAUUUGCUAAGAAAACUAGCCGAAGAGGGGAAAAAGCCUGUUGCAACCCAACCACAAGUAUUAGGGGGUUUUCAAGGGGUGGUUUCAUCAUCUGGCUCAUCUGGUGUAACCACGGAAAAUGGAAAUGGAACUGAGUACCCGAAGGAUAUUGAAUUUGGUGUUUUAAGUGACAUGGCUGACAUUCAUAAAAAAAAACUUGCUGGAGAUCAAAGGCUGCAAGAGAUGCUAAAGCCCUUACAGAAGCUAAGGACAAACUGGAGAAGUGAGUUGAAGAGCUGA